AGAAAGUAGAUGGAUGGGAAAGACGAUGGCCAUCUCCACAAUAUCUCUUCUACUCAUCUCCUUUGCAGCUUCUCAAUCUCAGGAUAUCAACAGUGGUACUUCAAGAAAUCUUAAAGAAGGACACCAAGAAGUUCAUUGCUCAAGAGAGAGGAGUCGAGCAGCCUGGAAGAUCAUAGAGGAGUAUCUUACACCUUUUGUGGAGAAAGAGAAAUAUCAACUUCCAAGCAGAUGCAGGCUCCAUCCAAGCAGCGAUUUAUUCAGGGAUCAGGAGGAGCAUAAAACUCACUUUGACAUAAAUGAUUGGCGAUGUGGUUAUUGUAAGAAAAUCUUCCGAGCAGAAAAAUAUUUGGAUCAGCAUUUUGACAACAGGCACUACAAUCUUCUAAAUGUUAGUCAUGGCAAAUGCUUGGCGGAUUUAUGCGGAGCUUUGCAUUGCGAUUAUGUGAUUAAUUCACAAUUGCAUAAAGCCAAGUGUACUCCUGGAGCUGCUUCAAGGAACCGUCACUUGUGUGAGGAUCUUGCAAACAACUGUUUUCCUGUGAAUAAGGGCCCAUCGGCUACUCGCCUACAUGAAUUCUUUUUACAUCAGUUCUGCGAUGCACAUACUUGUUCAAAAGGAGUAAAACCGUUCUCUCGGGGAGGCAAGAAGCAUAGCAGCAUAUUGUACUUGGCGGCUUCGGUACUGAUAUUGAUGUUCGUUCCUAUAUUUUACUUACUUGUGUACCUGUCUCGGAGGGGGAAAAAAGGAACGACACAGCUCACGCGCGUAGCAAGACCUGGGAGAAAACCAAAACCCUCUUGAUGGAAUCAGGUGAAUGAGCACGGCACAUGCACAAUAUCUUGCUGUCCGAUUCAGAUCUGCAGUUGAGGCGUGUUCACCGAGAAUAACCCCAAGAUUCUGGUGAUAUAACAACUGAAAAUUAGCUGCAUUGCUUUAUUUUCUUUUCUUUUCUUUUCUUUUCUUUUAUAAUUGUUGUGACACUGCUUCAUUGAACACAUCUUGUAGACUAGUUUAAAAAUUGAGGGCUCUGUACAAUGCUCUUAAGUGUAUAUACAGCUUACAAAUUACACAGAUUUUUCUUCGUUAUUUUUGACAAA